AUGCUUGAAGAAGUGAUUUCUCCAAAGGGUUUUAUAACCAGGUCUCUUCUCUGGGAAGAUGCAACCAGCCAUUGCCACUGGGCGAACAACAGUAGUAAACGAAGGAAGAACAUUUUGGGUUCCUGUCUCCAGAACAGUCUACUACCCGUGGUUUCUCUGGGUUUGACUUCUGAUAGCGGUAAUCUCCCAACAUCUGAGCCCAAGAGCAGAAAGUCAACGAGGAAGACAAGAAAGAAAGGCAAGCAAAAUGGGUGGCCUCUGUACUACCGAGACCACAGUGACAGUGUAGAAAGCUCUUCUAUUCCUGGCAAUUUUCCUCCCGAAGUCUCCAUCUGCACCCAACCAGCUAUAGAUAGAUGUUCCAUCAGAUUAUGUGAUAUCUCAAGGGCAGAAAAGAAUCCAGAGACAGCUAUUUCUACUUCUAGCAGGAGUAUCUCUACUCGGGCCGUAAUGGUGGAUCAAGUUCUGGACCAUUGUAACAUAGGUAACGCUGCCUGCAGUGGAGUCAACGAUGAAACUGGAAGUGUAUACAGCCGUGGGGAGGAUGAGGCAGCUUACACCUUCCAGAAGAGCACAGCACCGCAAUGUGCUUCCCGUUUUGUUGGUGCGACCAACAGAUCACAAGUCAGCUCCAAAUCCUGUAGCAGCGGUGCAGCAAAUGCUUCCCCUUCUGUUAAGAGAGACAGAUGCAGUAGAAAGACAGCUGCGAGUUCCAGUGGAGCUCUCAGGCCUUCUAGAGGAGGCGAAUACUGGCGGACGAGAAAGGAAGUCAACCAUGCUGUCUGGAAGAGAGUUCAGAGAAAUAACCCAGAUGAGGAAACCACAGAUGAGUGUAAGUACGCCGAUUCCGAUUGCAUGGGGAAAGGAGAAGUGGCUAGCGAUUCCGCGACAAGUGUUGCUGACCUGGCCAGAAUUCCUAGCAAAUUUGGUGGAAAAUUGAUGAGCAUAAUCCCCGAUAAGUCAACCCCAGGGCAGGGCCACAAGCACUCAUCCGGGAAUGGCUCUCGAAAAGGAAACACGGAAAAGUCAACCCAUCCUCCCUCAAAGAGUAACAGCAUCUAUGAGGUUGGCUGUUUCUCUGCUCCUGAAUCAUAUCCUCAGAUAUCAGAUGAUAUUAGUUCCUCGGAGUCAUCCGUUGUUCAGGUGGGAGAAAGAACAUCAGCCGAGGAGACGCACCUUCCUAAUAAGGAAACUUCUGGAUGGCGGCCUGGAGCUGCUAGGGGUUCCCAGUGGUUCCCUGUCGGCCAAGGAGACGACGACCCUUCAAAAGCAAGACUCACAGAUUCGCUGACUUUUGAUAGGUCAACCACCGAGAACGACGAAGUUGGAAGCUCAGUGGCCGCAGGAGAUCGGGGGAAGUCAAGCAGUGAGACGGAUCUGGACGAGAUAAUCCGCGCCGUUGAAGAAGGGUGGAGACUUGAGACUGCACCAGAAGCGCUUCAUCGAAUGGCCGGGCGCCCGCUGACCGAAUUCGAGCGAUUCCUUCAUUCCGCCACCCCAGACCUUGGUCAACUCUCAGAUGUCAACGUACUCGAGCCGGGGAACGAGAUAUUGGGUCAACGCCCAAUUCCCAACAUCCCACUGCGGAGGCUCUGGGAAUGGUACCAGAGACCCGGGAACUACGGGUUGGAGGUGAAGGUCGAUGGCCGUCCGAUGACCCCAACAAGAUCGGACGGUGAUCGAUCCAACUUCCGCGCCUACUUCGUUCCGUACCUCUCAGCGGUGCAGUUAAUCGGACGGUCCUCCGGUGGCGGAUCUCCCCAGGUGGGCCAUUCCCCCAUCUUCUCAGUUCUUCUGCCCUCUCCCCGUAAAAAAGCGACCGAUCCAGCCGUUGACUCCUGCAACGUCUUAUUCGAAUACUUCGAGUCUGACCCACCCCAGCUACGGCCGCCGCUUUACCAAAAGUAAGAAAAAUCUUCAUUUUUACCUUGACAUAAAUAUAUAUAAAUUAUUUUUCACGCGAUUGUUCACCAUCUGAUUCUAACUAGGAUAAAGGAGCUGCUGGGCGGCGGCGGCGCAUCUUCAGACCCCCGGAUGUCCGGGGACCCCUCGAAGCUAGAGCGUCUGAAUCUGCACGACCUUCACAGCGGGUCAUGGUCGGUUGACUUGACCCACGCCCUUUGACUUCCAACCCCAUCGAUUUCCUUCCCCUGGUUCGGCGCUGACCCCGGUUCUUGCAGGUUUUCCGUGGCGUGGUACCCCAUUUACCGGAUACCUGACGGCGCCCUCCGCGCCGCGUUCCUCACCUUUCACUCUCUUGGAGUCUUCGCUAGUGGAACAUCCAGCCGCGUAGUAAUCUCCCCUGUGGUCGGCUUGCUGAGCUACAAUGCAAAGGUACACGCGCAGAAUCUCACUCACAUUCUUCUUCUUCUUCAUUCUCCACGUAAAUGGGAGGGAGGUAAUAGAGAGACAGAGACAGAGACACAGAGAGAGGUAAGCGUCGUCGAAGCCUCUCCCUCUCUCUCUGCCUAACAAGUUUAACCCCGCAGGGGGAAGGCUGGUUUAGAGGGGUGGCGGAGGAGAGGCUGAGGGUGCUGGAGAGGACGGCGUCGUUGAUAGCGAGGUCAACGGUGCCCGCCACCAGCGGCGGCAACAGACACCACCCCGACUACGAGUUCUUCACCCACCGGCGAUGA